AAGUUGACGCACAACAAUGACACUUUUAAUAUGUCAAAAAAUGUUAACACGCAUCCCGAAAGUUUCCCUUUUGUUAAUUUUACUAUUGGUGAGCACAAGAGCUCAAAAUUUGGUGCACAGACAUCUCCCAAGCAUCGCAGUUGUGGAAUACGAACAAAUAACACAACCAUCUUUCACGACACGAGAUGCACAGAUAAAAAACGCCGAAAAAUACAUUGAGAUAAUAGAUGAACUGUCCAGGAAAUACCAUCUUAUAUUGGUGAUUUUCCCCGAGGCUACUUUAGACUACUUCAAAAGCAAGCAAGACCUCAUUGACAAUGGUGCCGAAUUCAAACAACAUAUUGUACCUUGUAAUCAAACCAACAUCCCAGUAUUCCUCAAAAUGUUGUCAUGUGCUGCCCAAAAAUAUCAUGUGACGAUUGUCUUUAAUUUAAUCGAAAAGGAAGCCCAGAGAGUAUUUACUUCUGAUGCAUUGCUUAACAUUGAUGGAACCCUUGAAUUUAGCCUUAAACGAGAAAAUCGGAUCGGAACCGGCGCUUUACACAACAAACCAGUAGCAUUUGCAAUCCCUGUCCGUUUCAUUUUUAGCAUCGUUUCUGGAGCAUUUCUGAGACAACCUAAUUUCGACUUCACGCCCACAUCUUUCGUCACAGGAUUUAGCUUUUCAUACGAAAAAAUUGUAAAUCGGAACAGCAAAAGAAAUUAUGUUGUUUGUAGCAACUGGAUAUCGCAGUUACCGUUUUUGACAUCACUGCAAGUUGUGCAAAUGUGGGCACAAGAAUUUAAUAUCACUGUGUUUAUGUCGGGAGCUAAUAAUCCUGCAAAAGGACAAGGAGGAACUGCUAUUUACCAUCGGGAAGAUGGGCCUAUUUUGAUGGAAAUUGGUGCAAAAAGAGGGACUAAAGCGUAUGUUUACCAUUUUAUAAAUAACACGUCGGGAGCGCUGGCAGAGAGUGUCGAGGAAAAAAGCGUUGACGAGUUGGCAAAAGAGAUGGAUAAUUUUUACUUAGAACAGGACCCUGAUUUGGAUAGAUACAAAUCGCUAGUUUUAAGAAAAAAAGAAUCUUUUGUGUAUCUUUGCAAUGACAAUGUUAAAGACAAUUAUUUUUGCUGCUCGUUCGACAUUAAACUAUCCAUAAACACCUCAGUUACAAACAAGAAACGAUACACCUACCACUUGGUGGCCUAUAAAGGUUACAAAACCUACCACAAUAUUUUUCGACCUGGAGGCAUUGAAGUUUGUGCCGUGAUCGCCUGCUUAAAUUCCAAACUGAAAUCUUGUGGUCAACGAUUUAAAAACUACGAUGAAAUUGGAUGGCCCGUAACCUUUGAAAAACUCGUUAUUAAGGCAACUUUUGGUAUGCCCAGGAAAGAAAAAAUUUACUACAGUUCACAGUUUCCGAAUUCUUUGCUCAGUUCUAUUCGACCAAUUCAUCCAGACUUUACGUCCUGGAGCUCACAGAUUAUCUUUGACGCUCAAAACAAAUCGUAUCUAGAACGAACAUUCGCUCUUCUCGAGCCCCAAAGCAAAAUACUGACUUUUGGAAUUUUUGGAAGAAACUUUACGUUGCAUGAUCAGAGGUCAAAGGGUCAAAAAUUGUCCUUUCACCCGCUUGGCAUAGUAUUGAGCUUAAUUAUUAUUAAUUAUUAAUAAUAAAACAACGUUCUGUAUGUAUUAAU